GAUUGGUAAAUGGAAAGUGAAAGUUUCCAAUUGUUAGCUCAUGUUAUGAUGUGUGUGCGUCUUGCAAAGGACCCGAGGUGUUGGACAUGCAGGGGGUUUCUGAACAUACACCCCUGGAGGUGGGGAUGCUGUCACAGUCCCCAGGCCCCGCUGUCCAGGUGGAAAGCCCCAGCCCACCCCUACAUCAGUUUCUUGUCAUUGUUAUUCUGUUCUGUUUCUGCUAUUCACUCCAGGGCCCGCCUUGGGAAAAGGAAACCGAAACUGAAGCUGAAUUCGGCUACUGUGUGGCUGGCUCCUAGGCACCGCCCUCUGACAUCAUUGCUCAGGCUAUAAAAGGGCUGAGCUGCCAGGGCUGGAGAAGAGCUGAGAGCGGAGAGGCAGGCAGCCAGCCGGUGUUUGCGGAGGACCUUGCGCCAGAGCCCACAGCCAUGGGUAGGAACCUGAAGGUGAAGAUGCUAGGGGGCCAGGAGAUCCUGGUGCCCCUGAGGGACUCCAUGCUGGUAUCCGAGCUGAAGCAGCAGAUCGCCCAGCAGAUCGGCGUGCCCGCCUUCCAGCAGCACCUGGCCCACCAGGACACUCACCAGGUGCUGCAGGACGGGGUGCCCCUGAUCAGCCAGGGCCUGGGCCCCGACAGCACCGUCCUGCUGAUAGUGCAGAGCUGCAAAGAACCCCUGAGCAUCCUGCUGAGGAAUGACAAGGGUCGCAGCAGCACCUACGUGGUCCGGCUGACGCAGAGGGUGGCCGAGCUCAAGCAGCAAGUGUGCCAAAAGGAGCACGUGCAAGCCGAUCAGUUCUGGCUGACUUUCCAGGGGAAGCCCAUGGAGGACCAGUGCCAGCUGGGGGAGUACGGCCUCACCACCCUGUGCACCGUGUUCAUGAACCUGCGCCUGCGGGGGGGCGGGGCAGGGCCAGGAGGGCCGAGGGGAGGGCACCCCACUGGGCACCAGGAACACAGUUGUGGCACCCUCUGUAGCACCCUUCUGUGCCCUUCUGGUGAGAUUGGGGGAGGGGCGGAGGAGGGAGUGGUGUGAGGGGACCCAGGGUCUCUGGGGGAUCGAUCAGCAGGCUAGGGCGGCCAAGUUAAGGGACAAGCCUAGUGGGAUCAAAAUGGUGACCUCCCCCCGCCCCCAGAGAAACUGAAGACGUGUCCCCACAUCUUUGGGAAAUUAACUUCUGGAGAAAUAAAAAGAGGUAUAUCUGCUGGAGCCCUUUCGUGUCUUCACAUUGAGCCAUGGUCAGCCCCUGCCUGCACAACUGGUCCCCACCCCUCACAUCUGGGUCAGCAGAUAGCACAGGGAGGGGAAGGCCUGGCGAGGUCCCAAAGGCCACAAGGCGAGUGUCCCUGGAAGCGGUGAGUCCGUAGCGCCUACCUGGGCCAGUUGCGAGGGAGGCUUCCCCACACCAGCUGGGGGCUGGGGGCCUCUUGGCCCUCCAGGAACCAUCAGCCUACACUGUCCAGCCUGCAUUGGUCUGGGGAAAAGUGGUGACAGGGCCUUGGGCACACACAUCGCCAUCAGGGCGAGCUGCUGAAUCAGCAGAUACACCCUCCUUCAGGGUUCACUUCAUGGAGGGGCCACAGCCAGUAGGUGAGGGGGGUACCUGGGAUGGGGGUUCCUCCCAUCCAUGUGGAAGAGUUUGUCCCAGAUAGGGGGCACCUAAUUUGGCAAAACUACAGCCACUUCCACACCGGAUGCAUCUUUCUGUGCCAGUUUUCCACAUGAGCCACUCGGGAACCAGGCUGAGUCAGCCUUGGACACGGGUGUGGGGGAGCAUAGAACGUACACCUCUCUGGGCCAAAGUCCAUGACCCUGCGGACACUCAGUCCUCAGCCUUCAGACUCUUCAGUGGCAUUUGGCUGGAGACCCAGAAGCCCCCUUUCUGGUCUGUGGGGGUCCGUAUCUGAGCUGGGGGACCCCCCAGGUCUGGCUUGCCUGUGACAGAUAUGUGUAGACAUGCAGAUGUGUCGGGGGGAGGGCUCCUGGCUCCAACCUCAUUUCCUGGGCCCCCAACCUCACCUCUCUGUCAUACUGUAACUUAACAAGGGUGAGCACACCCCUCGGUGCCACCCUCCUUUCUCGAACCCCCCCACCAGGGUCGAGGCGAGGUAGGGUCCUCCAGAGGCGGCUCUGCUGCUCGCCCUUCAUUGCCUCCGGCUCAGACAUCUGUGGGUGGCUUGGGUGAGGGGACGUGCGGCAGACUCGGCCCUGGAGGGACAGAGGGGUCUCCUCUCCCUCCCCACCCCCACCAUCUCCAGCUAGGUCGGGGUCUAAUUUACAUCCUCUGGAUCUCGGUUUACCCCCCUGGACCCUGCGGGAAUGUCUGGAGAAGCGCCUUGGGGGAACUGGGGAGGGGGCGUGGCUGGCCGUCCACCGCAGACGCGAUCGCCGCCUCGGACAGCAGGGGGAGCCCGCAGCCCUGCAGAGGGGCCGGAGCUGACCCGGGACCGGGAGGUGGGCGGGUCUGCGCUCGGUCGCGACCAAUCGCCGCAGCCCCCGGCCCGCAUUGGUCCCGGCAGGCCGGGGGUCCCGGGCCGGCCGAGCUUCCGUCCCCAGUUCCAGAGAGGGGCUGGGGUCCCCCGUCGGGUUCCUCCUGCCGGGGGAGGGGCGCAGCCCUGCAGGGCUCGAGGGGCGGCGGGGCCCCGGAUCUGGCAGCCCCUCCCCGCGGCCGGGGAGCCCCCGCCGCCCCAGCCCCGGCGCAGCCUGGAGCCCCUUGGAAGUCCCGUCACGUCGCUUCCAGAUUAUGCAUUAACCCGAUUUCAGCCGCAUUUCCUGGCGGGGGUGGGGAACGUCCGCGCAGGCGGGGGAGGGGCGUCCGUGGGGGGGUGCGCUGCAGCAGGGAGAGCACCCUCGAUCCCGCCCCGCCCCCGCCCCUCGGCCGGGCCAGGCCCAUCACCCACAUA